GGAGCUGCCUGGGCUCUCCCACAGCUCGCCUUGUCCCACUGUGCUUUUGGGGUGUCCCCGGUGGCACCGCUUUGGCACCCCCAUGGCCAGCAGCCAGGGGAGCUGCUGCUUUGCCUGCCCAUGACCUUGCUGGCUGGUGGGCAGCCAGAGCACGGCCUUGGUAUGGGGAACACGCAGCUCCUCUUCCUUCCUUCGGCCUCGGCUAAGAAAAGGCACCAUCCCUGCGUGACAGCAAAGUCUCUGUCCAGCCCAGCCGAGGUGCAGGGCCACGCUCCCUGGUCUGAAGGAUCCCAUGGAGCACUGAUCAGCGGGAGGCAGGUCCCUCCCUCGCCUGGCACAGCAUCGGAGGAGGAGACAGGCACCGGCCGCCCUCCUCCAGGAACAGCAGCGAGCUUGGCUGGAGCCAGCGGGGCUGAGCUGGUCACCUCCAACCUGCACAGCACAACCGGGCCACCACACACUUACCUGGCACCACAGGCCCCAUGGGCACAGCGGGCAGCCCAUUUGAAUAAGAAUCACCGUGCACACGGGGAAGGGGGGCCCGCCGGCCGCGCCAUCCCAUCACCGCCGCCGCUCGUCCCUGCCCGCCCAGCCCUUGCCCCUGGCCUUGGCCUCGCCGGACGCCGCAGGACAGCAGGCAGAACCUGCAGCUGCCCAUGGACCUCUUGGCACUCGUUCUCCUCCUGGUGGGGGUAGCACUGGUGUGGGGUCAGCAGGAGCCUGACCCCAGCUAUGGAUGUGCCCGUGGGAGCUGCUACCCAGCCACCGGGAACCUGCUGGUGGGAAGAGCCCCUCGCCUGAGCGCCACCUCCACAUGUGGGAUGCAGGGACCGCAGGAGUACUGCAUCAUCAGCCACCUCCAGGACUCAGAGAAAUGCUUCACCUGCGACUCGCGGGACCCAUCCCUGCCCCAGAGCCACCGCAUCGAGAACGUCAUCUUCCUGAGCGGUCCCAGCGCUGGGCGGACGUGGUGGCAGUCUGAGAACGGCGUAGAGCAUGUCAGCAUCCAGCUGGACCUGGAGGCCGAGUUUCACUUCACACACCUCAUCAUGAAGUUUAAGACAUUCCGGCCCGCGGCCAUGCUGGUGGAGCGCUCGGCCGACUUUGGGCGCAGCUGGAAGGUCUAUCGAUACUUUGCCUACAACUGCUCCAAGCUCUUCCCCGGCAUUCCUGAUCAGCCCUCGGGGCUGGUGGAUGAGGUGCUGUGUGACCAGCGCUAUUCCGAGAUUGAGCCCUCCAGCCAUGGGGAGGUCAUCUUCAAGGUGCUGGACCCCUCCAUCCCAGUGGCGGAUCCCUACAGCCCGGCCAUCCAGGACCUGCUGCGCGUCACCAACCUGCGCAUGAACCUCACCAAGCUGCACACGCUGGGGGACAACCUGCUGGACACGCGGCGCGAGGUGCUGCACAAGUACUACUAUGCUGUGGAUGAGCUGGUGCUGCGUGGGAGCUGCUUCUGCCAUGGACACGCUGCCCAAUGCGCCCCGGCACCCGGUGCCCCGGCGGCCACAGCACCCGGCAUGGUCCAUGGGCGCUGCGUCUGCGAGCACCACACACAAGGACUGAACUGUGAGCGCUGUGAGGACUUCUACCAUGACCUGCCCUGGCGCCCGGCCGAGGGCUCCAGCACCAACGCCUGCCGCCGCUGCGACUGCAACGAGCACUCGCAGCGCUGCCACUUCGACAUGGCCGUCUUCCUGGCCACCGGCAACACCAGCGGGGCCGUGUGCGAUGGCUGCCAGCACAACACCAUGGGCCGCCGCUGCCACCUCUGCAAGCCCUUCUACUACCGGCACCCGCGCUCUGACAUCCGUGCCCCCACUGCCUGCGCCCCCUGUGACUGUGACCCAGCGGGCUCGCUGGAUGGAGGGGCCUGUGAUGGGCACACAGACGUGGCGCUGGGCAUGAUCGCGGGGCAGUGCCGCUGCAAGGAGAAUGUGGCCGGUCCCCGCUGCGACCGCUGCCGGCACGGCGCCUAUGGGCUCAGCCAUGGAGACCCCCAGGGAUGCCAGCCGUGCAGGUGUGACCCACGGGGCACGGUGGCCGGCAGCUCCCCCUGCGACCCCAUCAGUGGGGACUGCUACUGCAAACGCUUUGUGGCCGGGCGCUCCUGCAGCCAGUGCGUGCCUGAGUUCUGGGGCCUGAGCUAUGACGUGGGGGGCUGCCGGCCCUGCGACUGUGACUUCGGGGGAGCCUACAGCAACCGGUGCUCCACGGAGGACGGGGCCUGUCCCUGCCGUCCCCACCUUAUGGGGCGUCAGUGCGAUCAGGUACAGCCCGGCUUCUUCUGCGCCCCCCUGGACUACUACACCUAUGAGGCCGAGCAGGCCAUUGGGCACAGCCAUAGCCAUGGCCAGCUCCCGGGGGCCAUCCGUGCGGAGGCGCCCCAGGACUGCCUGGAGUACGACCCUGGGGAGCUGGGGGCACGGAGGGGCCACCCACGGCACCAACGCAGCCCCCCCCGUGCCCCCCAUCCCCGCAGCGCCCCACGCCGCGGCCGGCAGCAGCCCCCCAGGCCGGAUGUGGAGGAGGUGGUGCGGGACGGCACCACACACAUGGUGACCUGGACGGGCUCCGGGUUCGCCCGGGUGCGGGAUGGAGCUGGGCUGACGUUCCGCGUGGACAACGUGCCCUACCCCAUGGACUACGAGCUGCUGGUGCGCUACGAGCCAGAGUCAGCUGAGGACUGGGAGGCCGUGGUCAGUGUCACCUCCCAAGUACUGCCCACCAGCCCUCGCUGUGGGAACCUGCUGCCCUCCGAGCAGAUGUACCGCGAGAGCCUGCCCCACAGCCAGAGGUACGUGCUGCUGUCUCGACCCUUCUGCUUCGAGCCCAGCACCCCCUAUGAGGUGACCAUGAGGCUUCAACGGGCCGGUGUCACCCAGCGCCAUCCCAGUGCCUUCAUCCUCAUUGACUCGCUCGUGCUGCUGCCGCGGGUGUUGGAGCUGCCGGGGCUGCACGGGGCCGAGGCGGCUCCGCGGCUGGAGGAGCUGGAGCGGUACCGGUGCCUGGAGGCGUUCCGCAUGGCCCCGCCGCCCGCCUUGGCGCAGGCCGGCGCCCGCCUGCUCUGCAGCGUGUCUGCCCUGAUGCACGGCGGGGCCCUGCCCUGCCAGUGCGACCCGCAGGGCUCCCGCAGCAGCGAGUGCCAGCCCCAGGGCGGGCAGUGCCAGUGCAAGCCCCACGUCCUCGGCCGGCGCUGCGACCGCUGCGCCCCGGGCAGCUACGGCUUCGGGCCGCUGGGCUGCAGCCCCUGCGCCUGCUCCGCAGAGGGCUCGGUGUCCCAGCUGUGUGAUGCGGUGAGCGGGCAGUGCCGGUGCCAGCCUGGAGCCGUGGGCCGGCGCUGUGACCAGUGCCAGCCCGGCCACUGGGGCUUCCCGUCCUGCCGGCCCUGCCAGUGCAACGGGCAUGCAGAGGAGUGCAACCCGCGCACGGGCAGCUGCCUGCGCUGCCGCGACCACACCGCCGGCAGGCACUGCGAGAGGUGCCAGGAUGGUUACUAUGGGGACCCGGUGCUGGGCUCAGGGCAGCAGUGCCGGCCCUGCCCCUGCCCUGGCUACCCUGGUACACGGCACUACCAUGGGAGUGCCUGCCACGCUGACCAGGAGAACCACCACAUCGUCUGCCUCUGCGCACCUGGAUACACGGGGCCCCGCUGCGACCGCUGCUCCCCAGGAUACUUCGGAGCACCGGAGACAGAGGGAGGUGUGUGCCGGCCCUGCCAGUGCAACAACAACAUCGACGCCAGCGACCCGGGCGCCUGUGACCCCCACACUGGGCACUGCCUGCGCUGCCUGUACCACACCACUGGGCCCCACUGCACCCUCUGCCAGCCUGGAUACUUUGGCAAUGCCCUGCAGCGUAGCUGCCGACGCUGCAGCUGUGACCCAAAGGGAACCCUGGCCUCCCACUGCACCACUGGCUCCUGCGCCUGCGACCGCAGCACCGGUGCCUGUGCCUGCCGGCCCAACGUGGUGGGCAAGAGCUGUGACCGCUGCGCACCCCACUUCUGGAGCCUGGGGGCGCCAGGGGGAUGUGAGCCCUGCGGAUGCCACCCCACGCACUCCCUGCACCCUGCCUGUAAUGUGGUAACAGGGCAGUGCCAGUGCCAGCCCGGCUUUGGGGGCCGCGUCUGCUCCCAGUGCCAGGAGCAUCACUGGGGAGACCCCGAGCAAGAAUGCCGAGCCUGUGACUGCGAGCCGCUGGGCGCCGAGAGCCCGCAGUGCGAGCAGGCCAGCGGGCAGUGCCGGUGCCGGCCGGGCUUCAGUGGGCAGCGCUGUGACCGGUGCCAGCGCGGCUUCCAGGAGGCGUUCCCACGCUGCUCGCCCUGCCACCCCUGCUUCGGGCAGUGGGACCCGGCCCUGGGCCUCCUGCGGGACAGGCUGCAGCGCCUCGGGGAGCAGGCACAGGCGCUGCGGGAUGGGGGGUCCCUGUCCCCGCUCAGCCCCCGCCGCCUGCGGGAGCUGCAGGAGGCACUGGGGCGCGUGGAGCAGCUGCUGGGUGAGGGGGACAGUGCUGGGGGACCCCUCCUCGACACACUGCCGGGGCGGCUGGAUGGCACCAGGACGGAGCUGGAUGACUUCUGGAAGCAGCUCCAAGAGCUGGAGCAACAUCUGGAUCAGCUGGCUCAGGCAGAUGUGCAGCACCACGACCGGAUAGCUGCGCUGAGCCACGAGCUGGGGGGUCUCAACCAAACCGCUUCCCACCUCCAAACCCUCCUCAGCACCGUGUCGGCAGCUGGAUUCAGUGAGUCCUACCGCAGCAUCCUGGCGUCGGCAGAGGGCUCGCGGCUGGCAGAGGCGGUGGCCAAUGGCACUGCUGGUGAGGUGGCCGGGGCGCAGGCCACGCGGCGGGCAGCAGAGCGGGCACUGCGACAGAGGGGAGAUGCGUUCCGUCGGGGCACCGCUGCUGCACGCAAAUCCCUGCGAGAGGCACAGAAACGGGUGAUGGGGCUCAGCAUUGCCAGGAUCAAUGAGAAGAUUUGUGGGGCACCUGGGGACCGGAGCUGCGAGCAAGCGCCUUGCGGAGGAGCCUUGUGCCAGGAUGAUGUGGGGAUGCGGCACUGCGGUGGCACAGCGUGCAUGGGGGCACUGCCUGUCUCGGCUCGAGCCCUGAGCAGUGCCCGUAAUGCAUCGCAGCAGCUGGAGGUGGCACUGGGGCAGCUGGGUGUUGUGGCACAGAAGAUGCAGGAGGUGCAGGAGCUGGCACGGGGUGCACGGAGCCAGGCAGAGGAGGCCCUGGGGCGCUCACAGGCUGCCCGCAGCCAGGCAGAGAAGGCGACAGCCCAGCUGAGGGACUUCAUCCGCCGAAUCAAGGCCUUCCUGGCAGAGGAGGGAGCCGACCCAGGCAGCAUUGAGCUGGUGGCCCAGCAAGUGUUGAACAUCUCCCUGCCCAGCAGCCCCAGGCGGAUCCAGGAGCUGCUCCAAGAGAUGCGGGAGAGCAUCAGCCAGCUGGAAGGGGUGGACGCGGUGCUCAACAGCACAGCACAGGGGCUGGCUGUGGCACAGAGGCUGCUGGAACAAGGACAGGAUGCCAGGCAACGAGCGGAGGGUGUCAGGGAUGAGCUGGUGGGGACACAGCAGGCGUUGGAAGUGGCACAGGCACAGGCGACAGCAGCAGGGAGUGCCCUGCAGAGCGCCAGGGAUGCCAUCCAGGUGGCUGAGAGCAGAGCCAAGGAGGCGGAGCGCAGGCUGCAGGCACUGGAGGGGAAGGAGUCGCGGGCGCAGAGGCGGCUGCAGGAGCUGGGGCAGAGCAUCACCACACUGCAGGAGCGGGACCAGGACACCCACCGCAUGGCACAGCGAGCCAAGGAUGGAGCACAGCGUGCCACUGCCACUGCCGGGAUGCUCAACCAGGAUCUGGCACAGGUGACGCAGCGCUACAUGGUGCUGAAGACCCGGGUGGGCGCGCUGGAUGGGGUGUCUGGCGGUGCCUUGCAGCGUGUGACACGGCUGACAGCUGAGGCACAGGACCUCCUGGACAAGGCGAGCACCAGCAAGAGGAAGCUGGAAGAGCUGGAGCAGCACUUCGGGGCCAACGAGCGGGCAAUGGCAGCGAAGGCAACACGACUGCAGGCUCUGGAGCAGCGGGUCUGGGGGCUGCUGGAGGAGAUCCGCGAGAGAGCCAACGCUUACGCCACCUGCUAGGGACCGGGGCCGGGGCACGGCCGGGGCGCAUCCUCCCCGGUCCCCGCAGCCCCGCGGUCCCGUCCCCUCCGC